CAUUAUCAAUUCUUAUCAGGUUUCCAUGUUCUCGUACACACGUACUAAAGCGUUUGCCGCUGAGAUGUCGCUUUUGUGUUGUUUGUCAGUCAUACCACUAAUCGUUUCUGACAAAAAGUAACAAAUAUCGUGUCGUUUUUCUCGUACCGUUUUUGUUUAAUGAAAUAUUGAGUAUAUUUUUACUAAGCGCGACGUGUAUUGAAUCAUUUAGUAAAUCGACCUUAGGUGGAAAAGUGAAACAAGAAUCGUAUGCGAGUGUACUUUGACAAGUGAAUCAAGAACUAAACUUAAUGAGCUUUGCAAUUCACUUUUGACGCAAGAAAAAAAAAUGAAUAUUUUUGUUGUAUUUAUGAAACAUCGAACUGCCAGUCUCACGGCGGUAACAGGAACGAGAUGUUUCUCAAAAAUUGGAUUUGUCGGAUUGGGAAAUAUGGGCGCGCACAUGGCGAAAAACUUGUUAAAAAAGGGCUACAAUCUUACUGUGUAUGAUGUGAACAGAUCGGCGGUGACAAAUUUAGUAGAGGCGGGUGCGAAUGGUGCAUCAAGUGUGGCUGAAAUGUCGGGAGAAGCUGAAGUCGUAAUGUCGAUGUUACCUUCAAACGAACACGUUCUCGACGUUUACAUCGGAGAAAACGGUGUGCUCAGUACAGCAAGAAAGAAUGUUUUAUUGAUCGAUAGCAGUACUGUGGAUCCGUCAGUGUCUCAAUCGAUAGCAUCGCAGGCUCGAAAAUGUAACUUGAAAUUUAUUGACAGUCCAGUAUCGGGAGGUGUAAAUGCGGCUAGAGAUGGUACUUUGACGUUUAUGGUAGGUGGCACAGCAACGGAUUUCGAAGCUGCAAAAUUUAUACUCGAAUCUCUCGGUUCUAGAAUAAUUCAUUGCGGUGAUGUAGGCAUGGGUCAAGCCGCUAAAUUGUGUAAUAAUAUGUUGUUAGCCAUCAGUAUGAUUGGCACAGCCGAAGCAUUUAAUCUCGGACAAAGACUGGGCUUGGACGCUAAAAUAUUAGCUGACAUUAUAAAUUCCAGCUCGGGCAAGUGCUGGUCAUCCGAUCUCUACAAUCCGGUUCCAGGAAUUCUGCCAAACGUUCCCAGUUCAAAAAAUUAUGAAGGUGGUUUUGGUACAACGUUAAUGGCCAAAGAUCUGGGAUUAGCGCAAUCUGCAGCAUUCAGAACACAAACUCCGAUUCCUCUUGGUUCUCUGGCACAUCAAAUUUACAGAGCAGUUAUUGCACAAGGAUUCUCGAAUAAGGAUUUCAGCGUAAUUUAUCAGUUUCUUAAAGGAAAACAAUGAGGAAAGUUAAUUUUUAUAUUAAUCUUGGGUUAUUAGGUUAUUUUUAUAACCUCAGGUUAUUUUUUAUAUAAAUUAGAUAAAUGUGUAUUUCUA